AUUGAAGUGCUUGUGUACAUUUCAGUUGUAUUAAACAUGUCACUGUUUUCAAAAAUUUUAAUUUAUUUAAUUUCUUUAAUUUUAUUAUUGUUGUUAAAUAUAAUAGAAGUUGAAAGUACUGAUCAGAAAUAUUCAUUAGAAACCAGAUAUAUUGAAGUACCCCUAGAUCAUUUUGCUGCAACUUCGUCGCCAAAGUUUUUUAAAUUAAGAUAUCUAAUAAACUCCAAAUACCAUGUUCGAGGAGGACCGGUGUUCGUCUACACCGGUAACAAUGGUGACAUUUCAAUUUUUGCUCAAAACACAGGAUUUAUGUUUGACAUUGCACCCGUUUUCAAUGCUCUUCUCGUUUUCAUCGAACACAGAUAUUAUGGACAAUCACUGCCCUUUGGGAAUGCAUCGUUCUCAUCUCCAGAAAAUUUGCGGUAUUUAAGUUCUACCCAAGCACUUGCAGAUUUCGCAUUCGUCAUAGAUUAUUUAACAAGGAGCUUCUAUGAAAAUGUUAUAACCCAUGAUACUCAUCCAGUCGUUGCUUUUGGAGGAUCAUACGGAGGAAUGUUGUCCGCCUGGUUAAGAAUGAAAUAUCCCUAUUCAGUUGUAGGAGCUAUUUCAUCUUCGGCUCCAAUGUUCUACUUUCCUGGAAUGACAAGCUGCGACUUAUUUUAUGAUAAGGUUACACAAGUUUUUGAGAAAUUUGGACGCGAUCAAUGUGUCAAGACCAUUAAACUAGGGUGGGAUGUCAUCAUCAAUUUAUCGAAAACAAAAUUAGGAAUGGACUUUAUAUCUACUACAUGGAAAUUAUGUGGAAGACUAAAGGGUCCUGAAGAUACCGAAACAUUAUUAAAUUGGUUAGGCAAAAUAUACGUUAAUAUAGCAUUGACAAACUACCAUUAUCCAACAGAUUUGUACACACCUUUACCAGCUUAUCCAGUGAAGGUAUUCUGCGAUAAACUCACCACUUCAUACUUCAACGAUACGAAAGGUCUAAUAGAACAUUUUGGUCAUGCCUUAGAGGUAUAUACCAAUUACACUGGAAAGCGAGUAUGUAACAAUAUAAAUAGUACAAACGAUGAUUACACCGAAUUUGCUUAUGAUUACCAACAAUGCACAGAACUCACAAUGCCUAAAUGUUCAACAGAUGCUGACAUGUUCAUGACGAAACCUUGGGAUUUCGAAAAAUACUCUAUGGAUUGUUAUAAGAAGUUCGGGGUUAGGGCAUUACCUCCCCAAUGGAGUCAAGUGACUUAUGGAGGAAAAAAUUUGAAAUACUAUUCGAAUAUUGUUUUCAGUAAUGGUAUGAUGGAUCCAUAUUCAUGUGGUGGCGUUACAGGUAAUAUGUCUGCCACAGUCUGGGCAUUUAAUAUUUCCGAUGCUCCACAUCACAUAGAUUUGAGAAACUCUGAUGUAGCUGAUAAUAAUUACGUCUUAGGAGCAAGAUCAUUUCACAUUCAAGCUAUAAAGCAGUGGCUUAAUAUGGCAUAAAUUUUAUUUACUUAGACUGUAUAUUACUGCGGCUGUUACAUAAAAGCGACUAUAGAAUUUUACUUUACUGAAAUUCAGCAGUAUAGAAUUAAUUUAGUUAAGUAUCUAAAACGCUUUUAUCGCAGUUGUACUAGGAAAAUUAUAUUAAAUCAUACAAUAAUAAAAUUAUAAAAUAUUUUAUUUUUUUACUGAAAUAAAAAUGGACUAGCAC